GCCGACGGCAGCGACGAGUGGCGCCUCGACGACGUCGCCGACGCCAUACGCGCGGGCAGCGUGGGCAUCAUCCCCACGGACAGCAGGUACGCCUUCGUGGUGGACCUCGAAUCGCGCGACGGAGUCCAGACGCUGUACGACCUGAAGGGCGCCAAGGACUACAAGCCGAUGUCCAUCCUCUGCGCGGGAUUCAGCGACAUCGACCGGUACACCCAGGGCUUUCCCGACAACGUCGUCGCGGGGCGCCAGCAGCCGUUCAAGCUCGCGAGGAAGUGCCUCCCGGGCCCGUACACGUUCAUCCUCAACGCGGGCAAAGACAUGCCCAAGGUGUGCCUCCUCGACCCGCGGUCCAAGUCGAAGAACUGCAAGGCGCGCAAGACGGUCGGGGUGCGCGUGCCGUCGCACCCAGUCACCGCCGCGCUGCUGGCACGCCUCGACAGGCCGUUGCUCUGCGGCUCGGUGCCGAACCUCGAAGCUGACACGUACGACGACGACGUGCAAGACCCGGUCUUGAUGCUCGACGAGUACGAACGAAGGGGGUUGGGUUUUCUGGUGGACUGCGGCGUGAUGCGCAACCCGGGCAGCACGGUGAUAGACCUGUCCAAGGGAAAGCCGCAGUUGGUGCGCAGGGGCGCGGGGGACCACAGUUUGUGGGUCGACGACGACGAUGAUCCGACGUUAUCGUCCGACGACGAGGCGUGGGGUUUUUGA